AUGGGGUCUAGAUGUGCAGGCUCCAAAUAUUCUGGAACUCUUCCUGGUCUCCCUACUUCAUAUGCUACUUUGCUAAGAAUUAAGAAGAGUUCAUCUUCAUCCCUCUAUGGUUCAAAGACUAGAUCACGAUACAGCAGUCCUCCAUUAGGAACACUGAGUGUUUCUUCACCAAGCUGGCGAGGGGCAGCCCAACAUUAUUAUUCCCCCAUCAAUCUUUAUCAUUCCUCAGAUGCCUUCAAACAAGAUGAAAGUGUGGACUAUGGGCCAGUGUUUGUGCAAGAACCAGAUGAUAUAAUUUUCCCGACUGAUUCUGAUGAAAAGAAACUAGCACUGAAUUGUGAAGCUCGUGGCAACCCAGUUCCCAAUUACAGAUGGCUUCGAAAUGGAACAGAAAUAGAUUUAGAAAGUGAUUAUCGCUACAGUUUGAUAGAUGGGGCCUUCAUUAUAAGCAAUCCAAGUGAAGCAAAGGAUUCUGGCCAUUAUCAGUGUUUGGCAGCCAACACGUUUGGAAGUGUUCUUAGUAGAGAAGCUGUACUUCAGUUUGCCUAUCUGGGAAAUUUUAGUGGCCGGACAAGAAGUGCAGUCUCUGUGAGGGAAGGCCAGGGGGUUGUUCUGAUGUGCUCUCCUCCGCCUCAUUCACCAGAGAUCGUCUAUAGCUGGGUAUUUAACGAGUUCCCUUCCUUUGUGGCGGAAGACAGCCGGCGGUUCAUUUCCCAGGAGACAGGCAACCUUUAUAUUUCUAAAGUCCAAACAUCAGAUGUUGGCAGCUAUAUUUGUCUGGUGAAAAACACAGUGACGAACGCUCGAGUACUUAGUCCUCCAACACCACUCACUCUCCGUAAUGAUGGUGUGAUGGGAGAAUAUGAGCCGAAAAUUGAGGUCCAUUUCCCUUUCACAGUUACAGCUUCUAAGGGAGCAACUGUUAAGAUGGAAUGCUUUGCACUUGGCAACCCAGUUCCAACAAUCACAUGGAUAAAGGUUAAUGGUUAUAUUCCUGGUAAAGCACGUCUGCGUAAAUCUCAGGCAGUACUGGAAAUACCCAAUGUGCAGCUGGACGAUGCAGGCAUAUAUGAGUGCCGAGCUGAAAACUCACGUGGAAAAAAUUCCUUUCGUGGACAAUUACAAGUAUACACAUACCCACACUGGGUAGCAAAACUGAAUGAUACUCAGUUAGACAGCGGGAGCCCUCUCCGAUGGGAAUGUAAGGCUACUGGAAAACCCAGACCCACAUACCGUUGGCUGAAGAAUGGAGUACCCCUCUUGCUUCAGAGUAGGGUUGAGAUGUUUAAUGGAGUAUUGAUGAUCCACAGUGUGAAUCAAUCAGAUGCUGGAAUGUAUCAGUGUUUGGCUGAAAAUAAAUAUGGAGCCAUUUAUGGGAGUGCUGAGCUGAAGAUUCUAGCUUCAGCUCCCACUUUUACACUGAAUCAAGUGAAGAAAGCAAUAAUUAUUACUAAAGGCCAAGAAGUCAUCAUAGAGUGCAAACCCCAAGGCUCUCCAAAACCAACCAUCUCUUGGAAGAAGGGAGACAAAGCAGUUAGAGAGAAUAAAAGAAUAGUUAUUCUUCCAGACGGGAGUCUACGGAUCUUAAAUGCUUCUAAAUCAGAUGAGGGAGAGUACGUUUGCCAAGGGGAAAAUGUCUUUGGUUCUGCUGAAAUCAUAGCUUCCGUUUCUGUGAAAGAACCUACAAGAAUAGAACUUACUCCUAAAAGAACAGAGUUAACAGUGGGAGAAAGCGUCGUCCUUAACUGCAAAGCAAUCCAUGAUGCUAGUUUGGAUGUCACUUUCUACUGGACACUGAAAGGACAGCCUAUCAAUUUCGAGAAAGAAGGUGGACAUUUUGAAAAUAUCAGGGCUCAAGCAUCCUCUGCAGAUUUAAUGAUCAGGAACAUCCUUCUGAUGCAUGCUGGGAGAUAUGGCUGCAGGGUACAGACAACAGCAGACAGUGUGUCAGAUGAGGCAGAACUUCUUGUUAGGGGUCCCCCAGGCCCACCAGGGAUAGUGAUCGUUGAGGAAAUCACUGAGAGCACAGCCACACUUUCCUGGAGUCCAGCCACUGACAACCACAGCCCAAUCUCCUCAUACAACUUGCAGGCUCGCAGCCCCUUCUCCCUGGGCUGGCAAACAGUAAAAACAGUCCCAGAAAUCAUAACAGGGGACAUGGAAUCAGCCAUGGCAGUGGACCUGAACCCCUGGGUGGAAUAUGAAUUCAGAGUGGUGGCCACCAAUCCAAUUGGGACUGGAGAUCCAAGCACCCCAUCUCGAAUGAUCCGCACAAAUGAAGCAGUUCCAAAGACAACACCCACCAAUGUAAGUGGAAGAAGUGGAAGAAGGCACGAGUUAGUCAUCGCCUGGGAGUUUCAGAAUGGGGAAGGCUUUGGCUAUAUUGUGGCUUUCCGACCCAAUGGAACACGUGGCUGGAAGGAAAAAAUGGUGACAUCUUCUGAAGCUUCAAAAUUCAUUUAUCGAGAUGAAAGUGUCCCUCCUCUUACUCCCUUUGAAGUGAAGGUUGGCGUUUAUAACAAUAAAGGAGAUGGACCUUUCAGUCAAAUUGUGGUCAUAUGUUCAGCUGAAGGAGAACCCACUGCUGCUCCCACAGAUGUCAAGGCUACAAGUGUGUCUGUGUCAGAGAUUCUUGUUGCAUGGAAACAUAUUAAAGAGAGUCUAGGAAGACCACAGGGAUUUGAGAUUGGCUAUCGGAAAGACAUGGAACAAGAAGAUGCAGCAGAAACCAUCAAAACUAGGGGGAAUGAGUCAUCUGUCAUCCUGACAGGAUUAGAAGGAAACACAUUAUAUCACUUCACAGUGAGAGCUUAUAAUGGAGCUGGAUAUGGGCCACCUAGCAGUGAAGUGAGUGCAACCACAAAGAAAUCCCCCCCCAGUCAAGCACCUAACAACCUCAGGUGGGAGCAGCAAGGCUCUCAGCUUUCUCUGGACUGGGAACCUGUCAGACCAUUAGCCAACGAGUCUGAAGUCAUGGGCUACAAGGUAUUUUAUAGGCAAGAGGGUCACAGCAACAGUCAAAUUAUUGAAACACAGAAACCUCAAGCAGUAAUCCCACUCCCUGAUGCUGGAGUCUAUAUUAUUGAAGUUCGAGCAUGCAGUGAAGGAGGGGAUGGAACAGCUAGCUCCCAAAUCAGGGUCUCAUCAUAUUCAGGUGGGAAAAUCACUAGUGCUCAGUCAACCCUCCACUCUCUUUCUACGUCCUCGUCAUCAGUAACGUUGCUUUUGGCAUUGAUGAUUCCUUCAACCUCUUGGUGA